AUGAAGGAUGCCAAACCUUAUCCAGUUGAUCCAUCUUAUGCUGACCCACCAGUCGCUGAAAAAGACUAUUCAACAUGGGGAAUAGUCAAAGCUGUUCAGUAUGGAAUUAUGGAACGAGUUGUUGAAUUGGUAGAACCAUCAGAUACUCAACUAACAGGUUAUGAUGUUAAUCAACUGGAUGAAGAAGACGUUUCACUGUUACAUUGGGCUGCUAUAAACAAUCGUCUAGCUAUUGCUCGUUAUCUUUUAUCAAAAGGUGCUAUAAUAGAUAGACCAGGCGGUCAUCUUGCUGCAACCCCAUUGCACUGGGCUAUUAGGCAGUCACACUUAAGUAUGGUACAUUUCCUGAUGCAGAGAGGUGCUGAUCCAACGUUUAUGGAUAAUACUGGUCUAGGAUGUUUUCAUGUUGCAAUACAAAUGGGAAAUAUUCCAAUUAUCGUUUAUCUGCUUGCUCAUGGAAUUAACGUAGAUGCUCGUGAUGGCAAUGGACUUACUCCAUUAAUGGUAGCAUGUAUGCAUAUACGAUCAGUUGAUGUGUUUCGUCUGUUAAUUUCAUAUGGUGCAAAUUUACGAUUAACUGAUUCACAUGAUAAUACUGUUGCACAUUAUUCAGUUCAAUUUGCAAAUUUUCAAGCUGUCUUACAAUUGGACAAAGGCGGUGUUGAUUGGAAUGCAUUAAAUAAUGAAGGCAAAACACCAUAUGAAGUUCGUAUAGUACCAUGGUUAACAGAUCGUGUGAAACAAAUGGCUACAAUACAAAGUAUGACUAAUUCAUCCGAUCGUUUUUCACGUUUAGGCUUAUCCAUGCUACAUUAUUCACCGGUAUGGCGUCAACGUAUCACUAUUCUAUUGCCACCAUUUAUUCUUAUCCUAUGUGGUCUAAUCAUUAGUUGGGAUAUUCCAUUGAUAUUGCAUCAUUACAAUGUUGUGCAUCAAUUAACAACUAUUUCAUCAUGGAUCAUAUAUUUGGUGAAAUUUAUUUUAUUAGUCUUAUUAUCAACAGUAGCACGUUUUAUUAUUGAUCGAUUCUCAGAUCAUAAAUUACAGGCUUUAAUGUUAUUCAGUUUAGCAACAAGUACAACAUUAUUAUUAACUACAACUUAUUUAUUUCAUAUAACAUUAUAUACAACGAAUCAUUGGUUGUUACAUUUCUGGUUUCUAUUCUUUAUCACUAUGUUAUGGACUACAUUUAUUAUAUGUUGUACAAAAAAUCCUGGUUAUGUCAAUGACACAACAGUGAAACAUCAUGGUCAACAUCAGCCGCAACAACAACAACACGAUACACCCAUUGCUUCACUACUUGAUGAAGUAUUAACUCAUGCGAAUGAUUUAAUCUUAGACAAUAAUAAUCAAGAACAAUCACCGCCGUUAUCAUCAUCCACAUUGACUACUAAUCCAUUACAACGUUUCUGUACAACAUGUUUUAUUCGUAAACCAUUACGAUCGAAGCAUUGUUCUACAUGUGAUCGUUGUGUAGCACGUUUCGACCAUCAUUGUCCAUGGAUUUAUAAUUGUGUUGGCAUGGAUAAUCAUUUCUAUUUUAUUGUAUAUUUAUUUGCUACAAGUGUGUCGUGUUAUUUAUUUAUCUUUGGUACAAUAUGUUACUGGCAAAAUGAAUUUAAUUGUUUGUUGAAUAGACGUACACCGAUUGAGAAAAAUGAUCUAUUAACAACCAUCUGGUCAUAUUUAUCAUGUAAUCCAUGGGUGACAUUUUGUUUUAUCAAUGCAAUUUUUUAUUCAUUUUGGACAACUUUAUUAUUUGGUUCACAAUUAUAUCAAAUGGUUUGGUUAAAUGCUACAACUAAUGAACGUAUUAACAUGGAUCGAUAUGUUGAAUUUAACAUGAACACUCAUAAUAAUAAUAGUAAUACUAAUCCAUCUUUAUCCAAUGAAAAAUUCAUAUCACCACCUAGUAAAUAUGAUCGUCCAUAUGAUCAUGGAAUGUGGCGUAAUCUAUUGGAUUUAAUCGGUUUACCAGGUUUUAUUCGUCAUUCAAAUAAACCGGUGGAUUGGCGACAAAUUUAUCAAAUUGAACAAUUGAACGUUCAAAGUUCAAUAUAUAAUAAUAAUACUGAUAAUGAUAUAAAUAAGAAAUUAUUACACGAUUGGUCAAUCUAA